ACUCGCUCCACCAUUCAAACAGACUCAACGGCAAACAUACCAACAAAUUUAAGUUAAAAAAUUCAAUCAUUUUUGUGAGUUUCCCGUUUUGCCCACAAGCCUCAGUACUCGCUGUCCUUUUCCUCUCGAUCUCCUCCGCCGCUCGAUCGCCGCCGGCGCAUUUUAGCAUCACCAGCCGCGUCAACACACCCGAUGGACGUCCGAAGGCGAUCGACGAUGGACACACCUGCCACCAAGGCCAGAAGUGGGCCGAUCAAAGUGAAAGUGGUGGACCACGAGAACGACGUCGUCGUUGGGGCCAAGGCCUCCGACGCCCUCCCGCUGCCGCUGUACCUGACUAAUGCUGUCUUCUUUACUCUCUUCUUCUCCGUCGUCUACUUCCUUCUCACUCGGUGGCGCGAGAAGAUCAGGACAUCCACCCCGCUCCACGUCGUGGACCUCUCCGAGAUCGUCGCGAUAGUCGCGUUCGUCGCCUCCUUCAUCUACUUGCUCGGAUUCUUCGGGAUCGAUUUCGUGCAGUCGCUCAUUCUCCGCCCCAACAACGACGUCUGGGCUGCCGAUGAUGAGGAGGAGCACGAGCGCUUGAUUUUGAAAGACGACGCACGGAAAGUGCCGUGUGGGGCAGGGCUCGACUGCAGCCCAAUUCCACAAAUUGCCCCUGUUGCUGCCGCCCCCAAAGCUGUUGCACAGAAGGUGUUUGAUAAAGAGGUAGUCCUCUCCACUCCCUGCGAUUUCACCACCCAGCCGUUGACGGAGGAAGAUGAGGAGGUGGUCAAGUCCGUCGUGGCGGGAACCAUCCCUUCGUACUCUCUGGAGUCAAAGCUCGGAGAUUGCAAGAGGGCGGCAGCUAUCAGGCGCGAGGCGCUGCAGAGGAUUACAGGGAAGUCUCUCACUGGUCUGCCAUUGGAGGGUUUCGAUUACGAGUCAAUUUUGGGUCAGUGCUGCGAGAUGCCAGUCGGGUACGUUCAGAUUCCGGUUGGGAUUGCCGGGCCUCUUAUGCUCGACGGCAGAGAGUUCUCCGUGCCAAUGGCCACCACCGAAGGUUGCUUGGUUGCCAGCACCAACCGUGGCUGCAAAGCUAUCAACUUGUCCGGCGGAGCCACCAGUGUGUUGCUGAGAGAUGGGAUGACCAGAGCGCCUUGUGUGAGGUUCAACUCUGCUAAGAGAGCUGCCGAGUUGAAGUUCUACUUGGAAGACCCCAACAAUUAUGACACCUUGUCCACGGUUUUCAACAGGUCGAGCAGAUUCGGUAGGCUUCAGACAAUUAAGUGUGCCAUUGCUGGGAAGAACUUGUACAUGAGAUUCACCUGCAGCACUGGUGAUGCUAUGGGGAUGAACAUGGUCUCCAAAGGUGUGCAAAACGUUUUGGAUUUCCUCCAGAACGACUUCCCUGACAUGGAUGUGAUUGGAAUUUCGGGCAACUACUGCUCAGACAAGAAGCCCGCCGCAGUGAACUGGAUCGAAGGCCGCGGCAAGUCAGUGGUCUGCGAGGCUGUGAUCAAGGGCGAUGUGGUGCAGAAGGUGUUGAAAACCAAUGUGGCGUCGCUCUGUGAACUUAACAUGCUCAAGAACCUUACUGGGUCUGCAAUGGCUGGAGCUCUCGGUGGCUUCAAUGCGCAUGCCAGCAACAUCGUCUCUGCAAUCUACAUCGCCACCGGCCAAGACCCAGCUCAGAAUGUGGAGAGUUCUCACUGCAUUACCAUGAUGGAACCCAUCAACGAUGGAAAGGACCUUCACGUGUCUGUCACCAUGCCUUCCAUUGAGGUUGGUACGGUUGGAGGUGGGACGCAGCUUGCAUCGCAGUCAGCUUGUCUGAACCUGCUCGGAGUGAAGGGUGCUAACAGAGAGGCACCAGGAUCAAAUGCAAGAUUGUUGGCCACUGUUGUGGCUGGUUCUGUUCUUGCUGGAGAGCUUUCUCUCAUGUCUGCUAUUUCAGCUGGACAGCUUGUGAAAAGUCACAUGAAAUACAACAGAUCAAGCAAAGAUGUCUCAGCUGUUGCUUCCGCUUAAGAACUCGAGGGGCCCUAACUUCACCGGCUUACAGAAGCCGAAAGUAUGGCCGGAAAGAUGUCGAAAGAAUAACGGCGGCAUGAAUCAGUUGUCGAUUUGGCAUGGGGAGGAAGAGGAUCGAGAAAUAAUGAACAGAACAAACGUACAGCAGGGCUUAUGAAAGAAGGAUUGUACUAUUUGUAUUCUUUUUUUUGUUUACUUUUUUUAUUUCGGUGUUAAUUUAUAACUUUUCAUGCCUUUGUAUGAAAGAAAUCGUGUAAAUUAUGAUGAAAAGUUUUAGUAGCAAUUAAUUCACUCGAAA